AUGAGGACGAACAAGGCGCUCGGCGCGUUUGUGAACGGCGCGCUGGCGGUCAUCGGGUUGGGGCUCGUGGGCGUGGCGCUGUGGAUGCUGCUCGACGCCACGUACGGCGCGUGCUUGCUGCCCUACCAGCUCCCCGUCAUCGUCGUCGGCGGCGCGCUGCUGCUCGCGGCGCUCGUCGGCUUCUGCGGGCUCGCAUGCGACUCGAACUCGCUCUCGUGCCUCUACCUCGUCGUCGCGCUCGUCGCCGUGCUUGCAUCCACGGCUUUCACCAUCUUCGCUUUUCUUGUAACGGGCGGCGCGCCGGCGCCUAUAACGAGUCGCAACCAGACGGUGUACAUCACGUGGGGCUUCUCGCCGUGGAUGCAGGCGCAGGUGGCCAAUGCCACGUGGCCCGCAAUGCAGACAUGCCUCGCGCGCCGCCGCACGUGCGCGGACCUUCGCGCAUACGCCCCCGCUGCGCUCAACGGGACGCUUCUCCCGCCCAUCGAGGGCGGCUUCCUGCACCAGCUGUACCAGCAAUACUCCCUGCUCAAGUUCGUCUCACUAGGCGCGUCCGUGGCGGCCCUCGUGCUCUACCUCAUGGCCUGCUGCGCCGCAUUCACAGGCCUCGACGAUGACCUCGACGCCAAAGAAGCUGAUGCUGCCGCCGCUGCCGCCGCCGCUGCUGCUGCUGCUGCUGCUAUGACUGGUAAGCUGCAGAAGAGCGGGACCAUGAGCCGCGUGAACACCUUCACCGUGGCCCCGGGGCAGUUUGAACGGGUUCUGUCGACCAGGGUAGGUGACCAAGGGGUUGGGAUGGGGUUGAAUGGAGGCGUGGGAGCAGCAGCAGCAGUGACGCAGUAUGAGCGGUCGCUAACGUAUGUGGAUAAGUCACCAGGGGCGCUGGAUCGAUCUCUCACGGAACUCGAGAAAAGAGGGGGGAGACGGGCGAGUUACGGGGGAGAAACUAGAAUGCGGGAGGACAUGCGUAGCCGAGGUAGCCCCUAUGAUGAGUCUCCAAAGUCAUAG